CUCACAGUGCUGUCGCUGCCGGCUGCGUCGGGUCGGAGCAAGUCACAGAAACGGCCCCAACGGAAGGCCUGGCAGCCCGCCUGCCCGAUGCCCGCCUGGGGGCUUCUGCUCCUGCUCUGCACCGUGGCAGCUGCCACGCAGAACUGCCCGGCCCCGUGCAGCUGCCAGGCCCUGGAAACCAUGGGGCUGCGUGUGGACUGUGCGGGGCGAGGGCUCACGGCCCUGCCCCCCCUGCCCAGCAGCACGCGCCACCUCCUGCUGGCCAACAACAGCCUGCGCUCCGUGCCCCCGGGCGCCUUUGACCACCUGCCCCAGCUGUGGGUCCUCGACGUGUCGCAGAACCCCUGGCACUGUGACUGCGGCCUCACCUACCUGCGCCUCUGGCUGGAGGACCACAUGCCUGCCUCCCUGCCGGACGUCCUGUGCGCCAGCCCCGACCGCGCUGCCCACCACCCGCUGGACCAGCUGACGGGUUACCAGCUGGGCAACUGUGGCUGGCAGCUGCAGGCGCCCCGGGCCCUCCCUGGGCUCUGGUGGGACGCGGUGCUGGUGGCUGUGAUGGCCGUGGACGUGGCUCUCCUGGCUGGCCUGCUGUGCACCUCCACAAGGUCCCUGGGCUGAAGUCAGGAGCCCACAGCCGCCCCUGGCCCUGGGGAAGCUCCCCAGAGCCCAACAACUCCGCUCACCCCAAACCGUCAGAAGCCUCAAAAUAAACCGGCUGCUUAGUCAUUUUACCCAA